AUGUCCGUCCAGGUCAAAGCGUCGGUAUUGCACAGUGCCAAAGACUUACGCAUAGAACCUCGCGACCUCUCAUCACCUGAAGCCGACGAGAUCCAGAUCCGAAUAGCUUCUACGGGCCUUUGCGGCAGCGAUCUACACUACUACCAGCAUUUUCGUAACGGCGACAUCCUAGUCCGAGAGCCUCUGGCCCUUGGUCAUGAAUCUGCUGGCGUAGUGACAGCAGUCGGCCCCUCCGUAUCGAAUUUCAAAGCCGGUGACAAAGUUGCUCUCGAAGUUGGUCUACCAUGCGGGAAAUGCUCAAGAUGUGAAGAAGGACGAUAUAACAUCUGCAAAGAGAUGAGGUUCAGGAGUAGUGGCAAAAGCUUCCCACAUUUUCAAGGGACGCUGCAAGAGCGAAUUAACCAUCCGGCAGCUUGGUGUCAUAAGCUGCCAGAAGAUGUGAGUCUAGAUGUCGGAGCACUGCUGGAGCCAUUGGGUGUGGCUCUUCAUGCCUUUCGCCGGAGUCAGAUGCACGACGAUGCUACGGUCUUGGUGUUUGGUGCGGGUGCAGUAGGUCUCCUAUGUGCAGCGGUAGCAAAGCUCAAGGGGGCAAAGAAGGUCAUAAUAGCAGACAUUGAUGCUGGUAGACUCGAGUUUGCCGUACAAAACGGUUUUGCACACAGCUCGUAUACGGUGCCGAUGCGGAGAGGAAAAGACACUGAUGAGAGUCUGGCGAUCGCAAAGGAGACGGCAGAAGCCAUCGGCAAAGUUGACAGCGCGGGCGAGGUCGACACGGUCUUCGAGUGCACAGGUGUACCAUCAUGCGUGCAAGCCAGCAUAUAUGCAACACGUCCUGGAGGCCGGUUAAUGCUCGUGGGUAUGGGACACCCAGUCCAGACGAUACCACUCGGAGCAGCUGCGUUACGGGAAGUCGACAUAGUCGGGGUCUUCAGAUACGCGAACACGUAUCCGGAAAGUAUCGAGAUCGUGCAGCAGGCAGCUUGUUCGUCAGACGGACCAGACUUCUCAAAGCUGGUAACGCAUCGGUUCAGCGGUUUGGCUGAUGCAUCAAAAGCCUUUGAGAUGGCUGGGAAGACGAAAGAUGCAGAUGGGAAGCUUGUCAUUAAAGUCGUAAUAGAUAGUAGUGAUGGAGCUGGCUCGAAGCUGUGA